CUGGCGCACGUUUUAUCGACGUGACGUCAGACAAUCGAAUGCUAAUACUUCGGUUGUCAUGAAAGGCCAAAUGAAAAAUUCUUCUUUCAAUGAUUUGAAUAUCGAAUACACAAGACUUAAUGUUUCGCUCCCUUUACUAAGCUUGCAGUUAAAGAGAAACGACGUGUACAUAAAGGACAAAACAUGGAUGUAAAUGCCAGAUUGAUUUUCACUUUAAUUUUAUUUUGGACCCACACGGGUAUAACAAAAAUCUUACGCCUUUCCUGUUCAUUUUACGCUGACCUUUCAAUUGUGAAGAGCGGUCGAACAAUGAUACACCUGAUCAACACAACUGACGCUGAAGAUGAUCUUGAUUGCGUGAAAAAAUGUAUUCUGAAUGAAAAAUGUCAAUCUAUCAAUUAUAACAGUAAAGAAAAAAUGUGUGACUUGUUGGAUCGUGAACAUAUUGAUUUUGGCUCUAAUCUGCAUUACUCUCCUGGUUGGACGCACUAUGAAACUGACGUAUAUAACACAAACGUUGGCGAUGUUUGCUCCAGCAUCUCGCCAUGCAGUCCUGAUCUUUAUUGUGAAGAUAUAUGCGACGAACCUGGAUACAACUGCACAUCUCUGUAGGCGAUCAUUAGAUGUGCAUUAUAACGACUAAUGGUCAAAAUAAUGACAUCUUAUUGAAUGUGAUUUUAUCUUAACUGUAUAAAAGUAAUCAAAACUCAAAUAUCACGCGAACACUUUUAGGAAGUAGCACUAAGAAAAUCUACACAAUAAAAUUUAGGUGAAAAGAAGGAAGGCUUCAAGUAGCUAAGAUGUUUUGGAGUCUUUUUACUAAUUAGUGUGUGCAACUUAAAACAAACAAGCUGCGGUGUUGUUUUAAGCGUUUGUGAAUUUUCGAAAGAUCUCAAGUAAUAAAAAGAAUACUUUGAAAUCGCGCGAAUAAAUGCGCGCGAACUAACGAUAAAGUGUUGCUUCGCAUUAUUUUCUAUCUCAUGCUUUAUCUAAAGUUUUUGGCUUACGAUUCUCAUUUACGUGUUUAUUAUUAUAAGAUUGUUUUCAAACCCAAUGGGUUUCUGUUUUCGUCUACCUAAAAACAAAGACCCAAAUCUUUUCUGUUUGUCUUUCCGAAUUUAUUUUUUGUUUUUUUCUUACAAGUUUAUCAUCUCCACUAAAUUUGUUUUGUGAUCUACUGUUGGCUAAUUAAUUCCAAAAUAAUUAUUUCCUUCCACUGUUAAUGUUUUCUGGGAAUAAAAAAGGAUUUUUUCAAUUUGCGUAUGUUAGUGAAAUACUUGCUUCCCACAGAAAGUUCCAAAUGCAGAAGAAGCUUAGAUGAUAUAUCGGAUUAAAUAUCAUUGCAUUUAAAAAGUAUUUCGAAAGACGAUUAAUUUUGAAUAUAGGGUUUUUUUCCUUAAUUUUUUAUUGGUACGUAUAUAAUGCACAAUAAUAAUACGUAAUGAACAAAAAAUGUC